AUGCGCUCUAGAGGCUAGACCCUAGACUCGAGACUAGCACACAAUCCCAGCACUCUCACAAUUAGCCUCUCUCACUUGUUCUCCCACUCACUCUUACUCUGCCUCCCAUUACUCUCCCAUCCCCCAUCUCCCCUCAGCCAGCUAAUUGCGCCGCCCUCUCUCUCUUUGCCAAACUGUUUUCGAAUUGGUCUCGGUCCAUUCGCAUCGCAAUCGUUCAGUAGCUAAGGGAAGCAUUCGCCUGUCAGACGUUGUCUGAAUCUGCCCCAGCAAUUUUCGACUGUCCUAGAAUUGGCGUUGGCGUUUCAUUUGAUUAAUAUUGAUCAAUUGAUAAAUACAGACACACAGACGCACAUAUACACGUUCAGUUGCGCCCUGGUCAUAAAUUCUGACACAAAUGCUGUUGCUCUGACGCCCGCUGAAUAGGAAUUGAAGCAGCCGCCACUUCCCGCUGAAUUGUUAGUCGUAUAGUACAAAUUGUAUAGGAUGAGCCUACAAUCCAUAAAAUAUCAGCGCGGGAGCCUGGAGAUACUCGAUCAGCUGCUUCUGCCCGUCGUCUCCAAGUAUCUGCCGGUGCGUGGCGUCGAGGAUGGCUGGAAGGUGAUCAACAAGAUGCAGGUGCGGGGCGCUCCGGCUAUUGCCAUUGUGGGCUGCCUCUCGCUGGCCGUUGAAAUCUAUCCAGAGGAGUUUAGUAGCAAAAAAUCGCUACGUCAGGAAAUCGAAGGCAAGCUUAACUAUUUGGUUUCCGCACGGCCCACAGCUGUCAACAUGAAAAUUUCCGCCGACGAGCUAAUCACGCUAGCCAACGAGCUCACCAAGGAUGAUGCUAUAACGGUGGAAGAGAUGAAGCAAAGAUUCCUGAAAGCCACCGAGGCCAUGCUGGAAAAAGACAUUGCCGACAACCGAGCGAUUGGCGCUAAUGGAGCUAAGGCCAUACUGGAGCAUGUGGCAGAGGCAACGGGUGUGGCUACAGCUGGUCCUGUACGUGUGUUGACGCACUGCAACACGGGGUCUCUGGCGACAGCUGGUUAUGGCACAGCGCUGGGCGUCGUGCGGAACCUAAGCGAGCUAGGCAAACUAGAGCACGUUUACUGCACGGAGACGCGGCCGUAUAACCAGGGCGCACGCUUGACUGCUUAUGAGCUGGUGCACGAAAAGCUACCCGCCACUCUAGUGCUGGACAGCAUGGUAGCGGCGUUGCUGCGAGUGAAGAAUGUUGCAGCAGUUGUCGUGGGCGCGGAUCGGGUGGCUGCCAAUGGAGAUACGGCCAAUAAAAUUGGCACCUAUCAAAUAGCAGUGGUGGCCAAGCACCAUGGCGUGCCGUUCUAUGUGGCUGCACCGCUGACCUCCAUCGAUCUGGAGAUACCCAGUGGUGAUCAUAUCAUAAUCGAGGUGCGGCCCGACCGCGAAAUGACACACGUGGGCGAGCAUCGGAUUGCGGCGCCGGGCAUUAAUUGCUGGAACCCCGCCUUUGAUGUGACGCCCGCUUCCCUCAUCACUGGCAUCAUCACGGAGCAUGGCGUCUUUAAGCCGGAGGCGCUCAAAGUGGAGAUCACCAAGCUGCUCGAGUUAUAACAGCCGCACAAUCUGUUGUUUCUGUUGUUAAUAUUUACGUUAAAUGAAUGCACUCCAGUUGCAAAAAGCACCGCACAGACAGUCAGAGCCACACGGAACCGCAUGCAAAUGAGGAGGCAGCCAGCUGGUUUUUGUAUAUGUAAAUCGGCGCUGAACGAAAAUAUACAAUGCACAUUAUAUUUACACAA